AUGUCAAUCAAGCGUGAUUCUACCAAUGAUCUUAAAUAUGUUCUUUUACCUACAUUGGAAAAUCAUCGUCGUGAACCUAAAUUUCAACCAUGGUAUCGAGAACGAAUGAAAAUGAAAUAUCCAUGUCAUAUAAAUACAAAAAAUUGGAAAUUUGUCAAAGACGGUCUAGAUGAUUUUCGUGAUGGUUUACCACCAUCGCAUAAUGAUAUUAUAUUAGAACCUGAUAAAGGUCCCGGUCCAGUAAUCAUCUCUCAAAAACGUCGAGUAAAAGCUACUGUAUCCAAUCCUCGUCGUCGUCUUGAUGAUCAUCAAAUAUUUUUUAGUCGAGAAUUACCAACUGCAGAAAAACGUCGACAAUUAAUUGAUUAUUAUAUAUCAACAUUACUCGAUCAUCCAAUGGCGUUUUUUCCACAUUUUAAUCAAGUUUUAUCACCGGAUAUGUAUGAACAAGUCGCAAAAUUACUCGAAGGUGAAUUAUCACGUGUAAUUAACGAGGAACAAAAUUUAUUAUCAGAAGAACAUAAAGAUAUGGUUUCAUUAUCUCCAAGUGUUCCGAUAACUGGAUUCGACAGAAGUAAUACUGAUAAAACUGUAUCAGAACAAUCUGUUACAACUCAUAAUCAAAAUUCAUCAGAAGAAUCAGGUGCGAAGAAAAAACGAACACGACCAGGAUUAAGUACCAUUGUCUAUGAUGAAGCAGGAAAUCAAUGGGAUUCGGAAGAAUAUGAAAAAAAACAGAAAAAUCCUUAUCGUUGGUAUAUUGAUAAACAAAUUGAAAUACAAAAUUCAAAAGGACCUACACGUGAAGAUAUAGCAGCUUCAGCUAUGGAAGCUCAUCUUCGAAAAGUUGCUGAACAUUUUUGUAGUUGGUUAUAUGAUCUUGGUGGUGAAUCAAAUUUUGAUAUAGAUCCAGCUGUUGUUCGAAAUUUAUUUUCAACUGCUUAUGAUACAAAACCAUCACUUGAUGUACCAAUUAAAAUAGUACAAAUGACAAGAAUUCCACCAGAAUUACGAGAAGGUGUACAUGACACCAUGAUUGCUGGAUCGAAAGAAGAAAAACCAACGUUUAGUAAAACGCGUUUAAAUCCUAAAGUAACAAAACCAAAUGCAUUAACAUCUCGUUCUAUUGAUUCAUCAAAAUUUGGCAAAUAUCGAUAUGGUGCUUGGUAUUUACCUAGAAAUCUUUGGCAACGUUCAUUAACAACUGAACAACUUCAAGAUCCGAAAAAAAUUCAAGCCGAACGUGAAGAUGCUACACGACUACGAGAAGAACAAACUAAUGCUUAUCUUGCUCCAUUGCACGGUGUUGAUGCAUUCAAAGAUUAUUUAGUGGAAAAAAAAUGUUCGCCGUUUACCAAAAAUAAACCGGAUUCAUAUGCUGGUUUUAAUGAGUACAAUCCUUUGUUAGAUACUAAUAGUUUGAAGUAUGAUACUGAAUUACAACAAGCUGUUUUAAAAACUAGUCAUGGUCGACGAGCAGCACCGAGUAGUCAAGCUGGUCAGAAAGGUGGAUUUUUUUCAAAAAUGAAAAAUGUAUUUAAUCGACCAAAAAACGCAGAUGUACCCGUAUCAGCAAGUAAUUCGACAACAGGUCGAUUAGGAACUGCAUCGCGUGCUGCUCAACAACAGCAACAGAAUACUGCUGUGGGUGCUCCACUUGGUUCAACUGCUCGUCGUCCUGUUACAGCACAAAAACGACCAACAACAGCUAUACAAGGUGCGGGUUUUAGCGCUGGACCGGGAGCAUUCGGUAGUUAUGUCGCAGUAUCAGCAGCAGGACCAAAUCCAUUCGAAAAGAAAGAAGAAAGUAAUGAAGAAAAAGCACGUAAAAUAGAAAAAAGUAUUAUUGAUCUUGUGAAUGAAAGUUGUUUAGCUUAUGAAAAAAAUGAUAGUAAAACAGCACUUGAAAAAGCUGAAGAAGCAGUCAGAAAUGAAAAAAGCCUUACUCGAUAUUGUGAAGAACAAAGUAUUAGCGAAUCAGAUAUAAAUUUACAGGGUUUCGUAACUCUUCAUUGUGCAAAUAUGUAUACAAAAUGUGGUAUGAAUACAGAGGCAAUAAAUCAGUAUAAUAUAAUACUUAAAAAUAAAUUAAUUCCUGCACAUAGUCGAAUACGAAUAAAUAUGGGCAAUAUUUUAUUACAAUCAAAACAAUAUGUAAAAGCAUUAAAAAUGUUUCGUAUGGCACUUGAUCAAGUGUCUGAACAAAACUCGGAUUUAAAAUUAAAAAUUCGAGAAAAUAUAGCUGCUACACAUAUUAUAAUGGGUCAAUAUGGUGAAGCAGCUCAAACAUAUGAAUCUAUAGUACAAGAACGAGCAAAUUAUCGUGUUUGUUUUAAUCUUCUUCUAUGUUAUCAUACAUUGAAUCAACGUGAUAAAACACGAUCAGCAUUUACUGAUUUACUUAAAAUACCAUUUAUAAAUUCUGAAGAUGAUUAUCUUGUAUCAAUGGACAAAGAAAAUAAACAUGCUAAUCUUGUUUUAGAAGCCAUACGAGAUGAUCGUUUAAGACAAUAUGAACGCAAACGACGUCGUUUUGCUGAACAUGUUAUUAUUACAGCAGCUAAACUUAUUGGUAAUAAUUCUGAUGGUGAAUUUGUUGGUGGUUAUGAAUGGUGUAUUGAACAAGUACGAGCUUCGUCUUAUAUUGAAUUAGCAAGUGGCCUUGAAAUACAAAAAGCUAUUGCUUAUUUACGUGAAGACAAUUUUGUGAAGGCUAUUGCCACACUUAAAGAGUUUGAAAAAGCGGAAGCUAAAUUAGCUAGUGCAGCUGCAACUAAUUUAUCAUUUUUAUAUUUUUUGGAAAAAGAUUUAAAUAAUGCACAUAAAUAUGCUGAUUUAGCUUUAAAAUCGGACAAAUUUAAUCCAGCUUCUUUAACGAACAAAGGUAAUUGUUGUUAUGCUCAAGAAGAUUAUGAUAAAGCACAGUAUUAUUAUGAAGAAGCAUUGAAUAUUGAUGCUGGUUCUGUUGAAGCUCUUCAUAAUCUUAUUCUUACGUUAAUAAAAUCACGUCAAUUUCAACGUGUCAAAGAUUACCUACAUAAAUAUACAAUAAUUCAGCCCGACAAUAGUCAAGUUUUUUGUUUAAUGGCACAAGUAUUACAACAAACAAAUGAUAUUGAUCAAGCAAAAAGUUGGUAUUUACAAGCAUUAAGUAUACAUCGAACGGAUGGUUAUUUACAUCGACGAAUAGGUGAAUUAAUUGAUGGACAAAGUAAUAAAUCAGAUGCCUUGCAAUAUUAUUUCGAUGCUUAUCGACAUAAUCCAUGUGAUAUAAAAACCUUAGAAUGGCUUGCAUCUUAUUAUAUUGAAACACAAUAUCCUGAGAAAGCAGUAGAAUUCUGUCAACAAGCCGCCUUAGUCAGACCAGGUGAAAUUAAGUGGCAUUUAAUGGUAGCAUCAUGCUAUCGUCGUGCUGGUGAUUACACAGCUGCCUUAGAAAAAUACAAAUGGAUUCAUCAACAUUUUCCCGAAGAUACUGAUUGUAUUCAAUUUUUAAUUAAAAUUUCUACUGAUCUUGGUUUACAUGACCGUGAAAUGUAUGAAAAUGAAUUAAAGAAAGUAAAUAAACUCAAAGAAAUACAACAGCAGCGUAAAACAAGUGCAGAUAAAAGUCAAAAUAUGAUUAAAGGUCGAAAAGUAACAUCUACUGAACGUGAUGUUUCUUCAAACAAUCGAAACCAACAAAUAGAUGAUCAUAGAAAAAGAAUACCUAUUGACCUCGACAAUACAGAAGGUGUUUUUUCUCAACAAGAACUUAUUACAACUCAUCCGUAUGUUGAGCAAUUUCCUGAACAUAUGAAAAAUGAACGACCAAAAACUGCGAUUAGUAAAAAAGAAGCAAAUACAAUUAUUUUCGAUGACAAUGACGAUGCAGCUGAACUAUUACCCGAUUAA